GUCGCUUUUAUGUUCAUCAAGCAUAAAAAAGUUUUAUAGUACAUACUAGUUUAAUAGUUAAAAGAAGCCGAUUUACAAUACUGUCAUGGAAAAUAAUAAAAACAGAACACGUUAAUGAGAACAGCAAAGAUAUUAAUAGCUGCAACAACAGCGACGUCAACAGCAAUAUAUACGAAGAAUAGAAGUGAAUGAUACAAUCAUAAAACACCACAAAAUAACAAUUACAAUAGCAACAAGAACACCAACCGGAAAACGCACCGCCCUCUCUCGAAAGAAUAAUAAAAACCAAGCUAAGGUUUUGCUGCCUAAAAUCACAAUCUCUACGUUCUGUUGUUUCUAAUUAAUUCAGAACAACAGAUAUAACAUUAAACAUAGCAACAACAUCAACAACAACAAUAAUAACACUGUGUUGUUUGUAAAAUAAUCUGUGAGUGUAAUAUUUACCGCCUAGCUACACAAAUAUUAUCUAUAUAAAAGCGAUACAAAAUUUUUCUUAUUUAACGUUGGAUGAACAUAACUGAUGACAAAUCGUUCUGGAUACAACUUGGAGGGUUUUUUCGUUAUUUUCUUUGAAAACAGGCCUAAACUGGGAUUGCUUUCUCCUAUGUAGAUUGUCUUCAAUACGACUGAUGCCAUUGGGAAUUACCAUUGGAAAAUAAUUUCAUGUCAGCUAUAUAAUAAUAAGGUAAAUGUCUUCCACCUUGGUUUUGCUAAAGACAAUAAAAAUAUCAACAUAAAAGAUGCACCAUUCCAGUCAAUCUCAUAUUUGAGGUAAUUGAAUGCAUUUUCCAUUGGCCAUAUACACACUUAGAAUAUGUUGACUUCAAUUUGAAUUAUUAUCGUAUUAUGCCAGACAUCAACAACCACAAGUAACAUAAAGUGAGACGUAAUAAACAGUGCAAGAAAGACAGCAUCAAUGAAAGAAGAGCUAAAUAUUUGAAGCUAAAUUGUUCUUAUACUGAAUAUACUAUAAUCAGUUGAUGUUGCAAGAUUACCAAUCGAAGGAAAUGAUCUAAGACAAUAUCUACAGGAUAACUUUCCUUACUUACGAAACUAUUGUGGAUGUAAACUGAACACAACAUAACGUGUGGAUGGAUAUUUAUGCUUCACUGAAAACAAAUGUUAGUGACCGGAGCCCGAUACAGUUAUAUAUACCUAUACACAUAUAUAUGUAUGUAUUUAGGAAUACAGAAGGAGAACUAGACAUCUGCCAACAUCCAUAUUUUGAUGGCAUUGCAAAAAGAAAAUAGUUGAUAUUUUAAUAUGAAAGAUUGUGUGAAAACUCGACUAAAGAUUUUAUAGUGAUGUGAAAUCUUGAUUCAAUUUUGCAAAUUUGCAUUUCCAUUACAACUAAUACAUAUAUUUCUUUGGAACACAAAAUAAAUUUUGAAGAAAUACAACAUUAUUUAAACUGUUGAGAAAAAACUUUACUUAAAGUUAGAGAAGCCCUUCCUGGAAUUAAGUUACUGGGUUUCUAAAAAUCUACAUGUUCAUAGCAGUGCCCCAGCUUGAUCGCAGUAAAAUGCUCUAUAUGUAGAAAAUAGUUUGUAAUAUCCGUCUUUGGUGAUUUUAGUAAGCAACUAACCAAUUACAUGCUUACAGUUUAUAUGGUUUGUAGAUAUUUUCAUAAAGUUUUGUCGAAUAUUUUUCCCAAAUGUAUUAUAUAAAUAGAUUUUCCUGUAAUUCUUUUCUCUGUCCAAAAUUGAUACCAAAUCUUUUUGAACUGAACGAAAAUCAUUGGUCAUCUAUUUACAAUUGACCAAAUUAAAAUAUUUACAUUUACCAUUUUCGUCUAGAUCGAAUGAAUAUUUGAUUUAAAUAUUUAGAACCUGAUCCAGAUUAAAUGUUUGUUAAUUGUUGAGUCCAAACACACUUUAAAUAGUUUUAAUCGCCUUAAUUUUCCAAGGGAUUUCUUGUGGCUCAAAAUUUGUGGAUUGGUGAGUGAUAGGUAUUAAGGUGAGUGAAGGCUGCUUAUUCUAUUAGAUUGUCAUUAAUUAUUUUUAUUCUCCUAAUCAAUUAAAGGUCUACAUCAGCAACUGCUUUACAUAUUAGUCUAUUUAACACAAUAUUAAAUAUAGGAUUAUUUUCACUAAAGAAAUAUUUUUUAAAACCAUGAAUAUAUUUUGUAAAGUAUAGAACUAUUUAUUUAUGAGAAUUACCGUAACAAUAAUUUGAUCUCUCUUCUAUAAAAUUGUUUUAUAUUCGUAACACUAAUCUAUCUGUUAAUGAUAGAAGUAAAAUUGUAGAGAAAUCAUCUUUAAACAGAGCGUAUUUAUAGUCAUAUCUUUCCUUGUAGAUGAUUUUAGAUCGUUCUUAUUAGAUAAUCUUGAUUGAUUUUAAUGGCAUUUAAGUUGUCGGAAAGAACAUUCAUCAGAAAAAAAAUUAAAAAACGAACGGUGUUUUAGAUAAAGCGAUAUACGAAAAGGUUGGAAGCGGAGUGAAUAUCGUAAUAGGAAAUUUUAAUCUGCAGCAAUCUCUUUCUUGAAUUGCAUUUUAUAUAUUAUUUAUAUCAGUGAGAGAUUUACUGAUAAUUGAAUAUAAUAUCAACAGAGAAUUUCAGUGCUAAUGUUGAUAUAUCACCAUAAAAAAGUCACUAAGUCAUGUUGCGGUUGAAACAGAAAAUCGCACCAAAGAGCUCACCGAGAAAAUCUUUAAAAAUUAGCCACCAUCGAUAUCUAACCACGUUUACUUCUUCAAAUUGGUUUUAACCUCAUCUUGGAAGACAAUAUCUCCACAUGGAAGUUUAGACGUUUCUAUUGUUUUGCGUAUUAAUAAUCCCGUUUCUUCUACUCUAAUGGGAAGACCCGCUGAUAAUGUUGCUUGUAAAAGGAACAGUUGCAGAAAACCGAGUUUUCGGACUAUACAUGAUUUAAUCAAUCAGAACGAAAUUCAGUUUAGCUAACGUCAUAUAUGUCCAAUGUCGUCUUUUAUCAAAGUAAAAGAGACGUCGACGACGAAGACGGCAAGUAUCGUUAAAGAUGAAAGUAUUUGUAUGAAAUCGUGUAGCCAUUAUAUAUAAACGGGUUUUAUUUUGAAAUAUAUCGUAAUCUGAUAACUAAACCAUAAACCUCUUUUAAUUUUCUCGAAAUAAUUUAUCGACUGCUACUUCCCCUACACAUAAAAUUUAUCCUUUUGAAAUAUGGUUAGUAAAAGUAAUGACAUGAACAAAUAUAUAUAAACAUCAACAUUUAUAUUUUUAUACACUGUCCUAAAUUUUAGUGAAAUAAUUUCGUUGAAAGAACAGGGUAUAUAUGUUUUAUUCCUUCAUUAAUAUUCUACGUAAUCAUAACCAAAGUUGCAGUUUUCCUCUCAAUUUUUGUUCCGUAUUCCUAAAACUACUUCCAAUACAAAACCUGAAAUUAUUUUGCAUUUCUUUCUUUAUUACAAUCCAGAAAAAUUCGCUCUAACGGAUAUCAAACCAUCAGAUAUAUUGGGAAGUAAAACAAACGGAAUAAAAGACAGUCUUAUGGAUAUAAUGUACCGUUGUUAGAUGUGCAUAUGAAUGCUCAUUUGUUAUUUUCCAAUACAAAACUAUUGAAAUCUAUUUGCCCAUUUACUUACUGCAACGAUACUUUACAAAAUGGAUUUUUACAAAACUUCCUCCGUUCAAACUUUAACCACCAAAAUGGCCACGGUGACAUAUAAUGGAGGAAGUAAACUUCUUGAAAAACUAUUUGCACCGUCCGAUAAUAAAGAACCAGAAACCCCGCCAUCCCCUGACUUUUUUGAAGGACUUCUUGGUACAGAUCCUGUUGAUAUUUUAUCAGGUGUAGGAGAGUCACCACGAAGGCAUGUGCACGAUGCAAACGGCAUACCCGGAAACCAUGUUUCCACUACAAAUCUUUCCACUUUACAUAACUCUUCUGCCGUUAGCAAUGCUUCAUCAAUGACAACCGAUUCCCUGGUGAUAUACAACGAUAGUAUAUGGUUUUGUGACUGGAAUGACAGUAUCUGCUGGAAUUCUACAUACAACGAGUUCGCAUCCUCGGAGGAAGCAGCUUUAAAAUACUGGAAACUCAUACUCGCUGUGUUUCCCCUUUUAACUGUUUUUGGGAAUGUUCUAGUCGUAAUGAGUGUGUACCGAGAACGUAGUUUAAAGUGUGCGACAAACUACUUUAUAUGUUCACUGGCUUUAGCUGAUCUAUUAGUGGCUGUCACGGUAAUGCCAGGUGCCGUCUAUUAUGAGGUUGUAGAAAGGUGGACGCUGAGCGACCAGCUUUGUGAUGCAUGGGUAGCGAGUGAUGUAAUGUAUUGUACAGCUUCUAUAUUAAACCUUACUGCUAUCAGCGUAGAUAGAUUUAUUGCUGUCACUCAACCCAUAAAGUACUCAAAACACAAGAAUUCUAAACGGGUCUAUAUAAUGAUAAUGCUAGUAUGGCUUAUAUCCAUUGCUAUUGCUGCCCCAAUAGCAUUAGGAGUUAAUUACUCUGACAAACGUAGACAAUUCGUCUGUGCAUUUUUCAACUCAGAUUUUCUUAUAUAUUCCUCCAUGGGCUCAUUCUAUAUACCGUCAAUUGUGAUGAUUUUUCUAUAUUGGAGAAUAUACAGAGUACUAAUGCUCCGCAGUCGAAAGGUUAGAGAAAGAAAAGCUAAGCAAAAACUCGAACGUGAAGCGCUAGCGAAUGUUAUAGAAAAUAAAGCAACAACAAGCAAGUUAGAUAAUGAUGAUGCUAGAUUGAAUAUGAAGGCCAGUGAAUCUUCGAACAACGUUGGCCGAGGUCGGUUGAAAACUGCCAAAGAUGAAGUUCUUGUAAACACAGCAGCAUGUAAUGAUGCAGGUUUAAAUGACGAUGAUUAUGAGGAUAAUCUAGAUGAUGACAGUGGUCAAAAGAGUACCCCGAGCAGUGAACUUAAAGACCAUGUUAUUGAAAAUAGUAAUAUGACAGAAUAUACAGGAUGCAUGAUGCUGAACGAUGUAAACAACGAGAGGACCUCACUGAAAAAGGAUGGCGUCCAGGAUUACGCUUCGCCAGCUAAUGUCGAAAUAGAAACGCAGUUCGAUGUAGCCACAUCAACUACUACUACCACAACUACUACUAAUACCUCUUCUGCCGCUGCGGCUGCUGCUGUGGCCGCGGCUGCUGCGGCGGCUGCCGCCGCUGCCAACCCUGUCACUCCUACUGACGUUGCAUCAUCGACUCCUCCAAAAAAUUUGCUUUCACCACCCAAACAGAAAUUUGCGGGACUUAAUAAAAGGGGUGGUUCAGCUAAGAAAAAAUAUGCCUCAAAAUUUAACUUCCACAAGAAGGAGGUUAAAGUAAAGAAAGAGAGCCAUACUUCAAAGAAUGCCAUGAGGAAAGAAAAAAAAGCCACAAAGACGUUAGCUAUUGUAUUAGGUGUGUUCCUGUUUUGCUGGUGGCCGUUCUUCACAAUUAAUAUCAUCAAUGCUAUAUGUCUACGAAACGAUCUGAAACAUGUGGCGGCUUGUACACUGGAUCCUAUAUUAUUUGGAGUUUUCACUUGGCUCGGCUAUAUCAACAGCUUCAUUAAUCCAGUUAUUUAUACAAUAUUUAAUCCGGAUUUCAGGAAAUCAUUUCGUAAGAUUUUAACAGAACCCUGUCAUGCUUAAAGAAGAGCGAACAAUUUCAAAACUAUAUAAAUACAAAAUACUUAUUAAUGCCACAAUACAAUAAUAAUAAUAAUAAUAAUAAUAAUAAUAAUAAUAAUAAUAAUAACUGUAACAGCAACAACAACAAUAGUAAUGAUAAUGGUUAUAAUUCAAACAAGUUAGAAAUAUAGUUGUGAAAAGACAAUUUCACCUCCACUAAAUUGCAUUUCUUAAAUGGUGAAAUAAUGACAAAUCGAGAAAAAAGUGAACUUUAAAGAGUCUUAUUUAAGGAAAGAAACCAAUUUUAAUACGAAAGUGAUGAACUGGAUUUUUUUAAGGAACAAUUUUUGAAUGUCCUUUUGAAAGAUAUGAAGAAAGCAAGUAUUUUCACAUCUUCAUCAUUAUGGUUUCCCAAAAUACAAUCAUAAUGAUAAUCAUAAUUAUUAUAAAAAUAUUAUCUUUAAAAUAUUGCAUUAGUAAUACCAAUAAUAAUAAUACCAAUAAUAAUGAUAAUAAUAAUAGAUCAUUAUUAGUAGUGUUAGAUUUAGUAUUGCUAAUAAAACAAACAAAAAAAAAACCCGCAAUGAAUAAUACAGUAUUUCAAGAAACGUACCGAUUACGAUGUUUGAGACUGAAAAACAAAAAAAAAUUAUGUUAGCAGAACAUCUACAUCCACACUAAAGUUGGAAACGACAACUUUGAGGGAAUAUUUAGUGCUAUAUUUCAAUAAAUUGGCUUCGUAACUUCUCAGAACUGUGUAAGGAAUAUGAAGUGUUGCCUCAAUGGCAUAUGUCCAAACUACAAUGGGAACAUUAUGAAGAAAAAUAAAGUAUCAGGGUGGAAGUCAAUGCUAUCACUAAAUCCAACGAUGUCCUCAUUUGAUAAUCAAUUCCCGUUGCCAAUAUAUUUCUAUAUUAUUGCUCAUUUAUUUUUAUUACUAUUAUUAUCAUUUUCUUA